GGGGGCGGGCGGAGCCGGGUUGGGCCGCGGCGGCGGGGCCGUCUCAGGCCGCCGUCCCGCCCCUGCCGUCCGGCCGCUGCCGCCGCCGCCGCCGCCGCCGCCGCCGCCGCCCGGGGCUUGGUUGAGGCGGACGGUGGGUCCGGGCCCGAGUGUGGCGCCGCCGCCUCCGCCUCCGCCGCCGCCGCCGCCGCGCGGAGGGGGCCAGCGGGCAGUUAGAAAAUGGGUAAGAAGAGUCGAGUGAAAACGCAAAAAUCAGGCACUGGUGCUACAGCAAGUGUGUCGCCGAAGGAAACCUUGAACCUGACUAGUGAACUGUUGCAGAAAUGCAGUAGUCCUGCACCUGGCCCAGGAAAGGAAUGGGAAGAGUAUGUGCAGAUCCGGUCUCUAGUCGAGAAAAUACGAAAAAAACAAAAAGGUCUGUCUGUUACUUUUGAUGGAAAAAGAGAAGAUUACUUUCCUGACCUAAUGAAGUGGGCCUCUGAAAAUGGAGCCUCUGUUGAGGGUUUUGAAAUGGUCAACUUCAAAGAAGAGGGCUUUGGUUUGAGAGCGACGAGAGACAUCAAGGCAGAAGAAUUAUUUCUAUGGGUUCCACGAAAAUUACUAAUGACUGUUGAAUCUGCUAAAAAUUCAGUGUUGGGGCCCUUAUAUUCUCAAGACCGGAUUCUUCAAGCUAUGGGAAAUAUCACACUUGCCUUUCACCUGCUGUGUGAGCGAGCCGACCCUAACUCUUUCUGGCAGCCCUACAUUCAGACCCUCCCCAGCGAAUAUGACACUCCACUCUACUUUGAGGAGGAUGAAGUCCGGGACCUUCAGUCCACACAGGCUAUCCAUGAUGUCUUCAGCCAAUACAAGAACACGGCUCGGCAGUACGCCUACUUCUAUAAAGUCAUCCAGGCCUUACCCUGGGAAGGAAUUCAGAACUCUGCGGCUCGAACCUGUUCUACCGUGAGGCCAGUAGGUGGCGGUAGUGCCACGGUGCUGAGAGCCCUGCUGAAAUGGAAGACCCAUCCUCAUGCCAACAAACUGCCCUUGAAGGAUGCUUUCACUUAUGAGGACUACAGGUGGGCAGUCUCUUCUGUUAUGACUCGACAAAACCAAAUUCCCACGGAGGAUGGUUCCCGGGUGACCCUGGCGCUAAUUCCUUUAUGGGACAUGUGCAAUCACACCAAUGGCCUGAUCACCACCGGCUACAACCUGGAAGAUGACCGCUGUGAGUGUGUCGCCCUGCGGGACUUCCGGGCGGGAGAGCAGAUUUACAUUUUUUAUGGCACUCGGUCAAAUGCAGAGUUUGUGAUCCACAGUGGUUUUUUCUUUGACAAUAAUUCACACGACAGAGUGAAAAUAAAGCUGGGAGUGAGUAAGAGUGACCGGCUAUAUGCCAUGAAAGCCGAGGUCCUGGCCCGCGCCGGCAUCCCCACUUCCAGUGUCUUUGCGCUGCAUUAUACUGACCCACCGGUCUCUGCCCAGCUCCUGGCUUUUCUCCGUGUCUUCUGCAUGACCGAAGAAGAAUUGAAGGAACAUUUGCUGGGGGAUAAUGCUCUCGACAGAAUCUUCACUUUGGGUAAUUCUGAAUAUCCCGUCAGCUGGGACAAUGAGGUCAGGCUUUGGACAUUUCUUGAAGAUCGAGCCUCACUUCUUUUAAAAACCUACAAAACAACUAUUGAGGAAGACAAAUCCUUCUUGAGAAACCACGACCUUUCUGUUCGUGCAACAAUGGCCAUCAAGCUGCGCUUGGGAGAAAAAGAGAUUUUGGAAAAAGCAGUGAAGAGCGCGGCCGCGAACCGGGAGCAUUACCGCAAGCAGAUGCAGGCGGGGGCCCCGCUGCCCCGGUGCGAGGAGAGCGGCACAGCAGGGGCCAGGCUGCCCCUGGCCUUGCGGGACCUGGAGGCGGAGGCCAGUGUGCAGGAGGCCCUGAGCCUCACGGAGGCCGUGGGCCGGGCGAAGGCUGUGGAGAACGGGCUUGUGAACGGCGAAAACUCUAUUCCCAAUGGGACCAGGUCAGGAAAGGAAAAUUUCAAUCAGGAGGGGAGUGAAAGAGCGACUGAAGGCACCAAAGAAUCUUCUUCAGACAGCACUGCAGGCGCUCGGGAGCAGUAGCCCUGAAGAGGUGCCAUCUGAGGGAGUUUGGUUGAGCAAAAGUUUAUGAACCGUCCAUUUACAUCGCUGUGUUUUCUUGUUCACAUUUUUCUUUCGGCAGAGAGGAAGAUACGUUUUUGCUGCUUUAUAUAAGAAAUGAUUUUUUUUAAGUUAUUUAAAAAAAUCUAGCUUCUCUUUUUGAUUAAGAUUGCCAUCUUGCUUCUGGGCAAAACAAGUUUAUCAAGCCACCAUGGUGAACGAACAGGGGACAGGGCGCUCUGGAAGAUUCUGUAGACCCGUUGUGGGCAAAUGUGUUUUCUUCCUGGGGAAGAAUGCAGUUCUGCUCUCAGCUGUGCUUUUGUGGGCCUGUCAUUUUGACAACCGGUGCCGAAGCCCGCUCUGCCUCCUGCCAGCAGGACUGGGUGGCGGUGCUCUGGGUGCUCAGCCUGAGGGGGGUUGUGGUUGCACAGCACACAACGGGCUUGGGCUUUGGCAACUGGAGGGUCGGGGCGAGAUCUUUUUUUUUUUUCCCUAAAAAAAAUAACACCCCAGUACUUAAAGAAAAGGGAAGGUGGCAACCUUAUUUUUAAUAGUUUUAAAUGUUGAUGAUAAUCCUAAUUAUAUAAAUACACACACACACAUCUAGUGAUUUCUAAAGAUCUGUUUACCUUUUGUGUUUUGUUUUACUGUGUUAACUUGUCCUUUCUCCUUGAAUCACAGUAGGACAUGCAUCAUCCUCUUAAUUUUAAAUGUUGGCGCUGAUUUUAAAGUGUUGCAUUUGAUUCGCGCGUAGCUACUGGAGAGGCUGCAGACACAGCAGCCCCCAGCUCGCUGAGGUGUUGUUCAGGGUGAGGUGGCUCCCUGGCUUUUCCGGUUUUCACAACAAGCUAGAGAUUUUCAAAGCUACACUUUUGAGUAAAAAGCCUUAUUAAAAGGAAAACAUGAUUAAUA